AUGGCGGAGCUCUUAUCCACUCAUUCCGCAACUGCAGUCAACUCAGGGCCAACGAUAACCCUCUCAAAUGGCCACAAAAUGCCACAAGUUGGACUUGGGACAUGGCAGUCCUCUCCCGCUGAAGUCAAAGCUGCAGUAAAAGCUGCUAUCGCGGCUGGCUAUCGUCUGAUCGACACUGCUGCAGUCUAUGAAAACGAAGACGCUGUUGGUGAGGCAGUAAAUGAGAUGAUCGACGAAGGCAAAGUCUCUCGUCCUGAUCUUUUCAUCACCUACAAAGGUAAAGAUUCUCGCAACCAGAUAGUAUGGAUCACCCAUGAGCAUCCGGACGACACCGAAGGAGCAAUUCGCGAAUCUCUUCGGAAACUCAAUAUGAACUACGUCGAUCUUUACCUGUCUCAUAUGCCAACUUGCUUCAAUGUGAGUGUCUAA